GACGAUGUAGACGCGUUGUGUCCCUCGGGAACGGCUGUGGCUAACAGUGGCAGCGGCUCUGUUCCGAUACGUCGCCUGACUGCGGUGUUUUUGGAAUGUCUCCAGAAUGCCAAUUGCAAGGGUGGAUUUACGGUUAUAGGUAUCACGUGUCGACUGCAUACGAUGGACGUAGCCGCGCGGAGUGCCGGGCGAUUCGAUGUACACUUGAAGAUGAGUCAUCCCACCAGUAGUGCACGUUUAGGGGUACUCUAUAAGCUCACGAAUACCAAGCACACCCUGCACUCAGCCGGAGUGUCAGAUAUAGAGCCCAGUGUAGGUACAAACGAGGGUACAGGUAUAUGUCCCGGGAAGGGCUUGUGCGCGAGUAUUCCUUUGCACCCGGAAGCAACCGCUUACCUACCCGAAGUGGCGCAGAUAUGCCAUGGGUUCAGUAUGGCCGAUCUGCAGCGACUGUGUACAGAGGCAGCGCUGCACGCCAUCCGAGAACAACUCGCACUCACACUCUUACGCACAGAUACGGAUUCGGAAACGAGUGCAGUAUCCCACGUAGGGGUUGUAGCUGAGGUUACAGUCGAUAGUAUGUCUCAGCACGCUGUCAGUGAGCAAAGAACGGGCUCAGACUUGGAUGUUAAUGCCAUCUGUGUGCACAAAUCCGAUAUCGAAUACGCGCUACUUGAGGUGUCACCUUCAUCGCUCGUGGAGUUCAAGGGUGUCAUGCUGACCGAGGACAACAACCCCAACCACGCACCAGAUGGUAGCAACCCCGACAAGGCUUCCUCCGCAAGCAAACCCGGCAAAGGUCUUGGAUUUGACCGGUUACGGGGGAUGCGAGAUACUAUUGCCACUCUCCGUGACAGUGUGCUAAUGCCUCUACUACACGCGGACCUAUGUGCGGCUAUGGGUAUACCCCCUCCUGCCGGCAUGUUGCUCGCAGGGCCCCAUGGCACGGGUAAGACUGUGUUGGCCAAGGCGAUUGCAUACGAGGCGAAACUCAAGGUCAUUGUUAUCAACGGUAGUGAACUUCGAACGCGUGUGGUCGGUGAGAGUGAGAAGGCAUUGGCUCGUAUCUUUGAGAGUGCUCGCGAAGCCGCGCCAUGCAUGCUGCUGUUUGAACAAAUAGACAUCGUUGCGAGUGCGAGGUCUCCGAAUGAUCAGGGUUCUGAUCGGCUGCUGACGACGCUCUUGACCGAAUUAGACGGCGUGGGAGGGCCAGGGAGUGGUCUCACAAAAUCGGCAGACACAAAUCGCCGUGUGUUCGUAGUGGGUACCACCACUCGGCCGGAGAUGCUUGACAGCGCCAUCAAUCGACCUGGACGACUGGACCUUCACUUUGAUCUUGCCUUGCCGAAUGCUGAGGACCGAGCAGAGAUACUUCGCUACUAUCUGAAUUCAUUACCAGGUGCGCCUUACGAAUGUGAGAAGAGGACAGAGGCAACUACUUAG